CUCACCCCACGCUGCCCGCUGACCCUCACCGGCCGGCUGCGCCCUGACCGCGACCCAGCGGCGUCCCCGUCCCCGCCCGCCCGUGUCCUCAUCCCAUCCCGGACCCGUCCGUGCUCCAUCGCUGUCCCCAUCCGAUCGUGUCCCAUCCUGGUCCCCAUCCCAGCUGCAUCCUGACCCCAAGAUGCCCACACCCUGACCCCAAGCUGCACCUCACCCUCUCCCAUCUGCAUCCCAGUCCCACCUCAGCUGCAUUCCUGUCCCCGUCCACUUGUGUCCUAAUGCCACCCCAACCCCAUCCACGCUCUCUCCCGGCUGCAUUUCGACCCCAACCAUCCGCAUACACCCUGGCCCAGCUGCAUCCCAGUCCCCAUCCACCCAUGUCCUCAUCCCACCCUGGAUCCGUCCCGUUCCCAUCCAGAACCAAUCCAUCCACAUCCCAACUGCAUCCUGACCCUGAACUACCCAUAUCUUUUUACCUGGUGGGGGCUGACGGGAAAGCUGGGGAGGAACUUUUGAUGAGGGCACAUCGCGACUGGGUGAGGGGAAAUGGCUUUAAACUGGAAGAGGGGAGAUCCAGACUAGAUAUUAGGAAGAAAUACUUGACUGUGAGGAUGCUGGGACAGGCUGCGCAGAGGGGCUGGGGGUUCCCCAUCCGUGGGGGCAGUGGGGCCAGGUGGGAUGGGGCUUUGAGCAGCCCGGUGUGCUGGGAGGUGUCCCUGCUGGCAGUGGAGUGGGAGGAAUGAGAUGCUCUUGAAGUUCCCUUCUGACCCAAACUACGCUGUGAUCCAGCGAUUCUGGCUGCAUCCCUGCCUCCAUUCAGCCCCAACCCAGCUGUAUCCUGAUCCCAUCCCAAUCCCAUCCCAUUUGUGCCCCAGUCCCAUCCCAGCUGCCUCCUGACCCCGGUCUGCCGUCACCUUGACCCCAAGCUGUCUGCAUCCUGACCCAAUCCCAGCUGCACUCGUCCCCGUCUGGAUGUGUCCACCCUGAUCCUAUCCCGAUCCUAUACCAGUAGCAUCACAGCCCCAUCCCAGCUGCAUUUGAGACUGGCCCUGACUGCAUCCUGACCCCAGUGUGAUCCCAUCCCUUCUUGCGCCCUGACCCCCUCCUGCCCUCCCCAAACCCAGCCUCUCCUUGGAUAUGACCCCCAUUGCUCCUUUCACCCUGGGAGCUCCUCUCAGUGGGACGCGGGGUGGGGAUGGGGCUGCGAGGCCCCGCUCCUGCCCUGCUGCCCCUAAGGCUUCCGAGCCGCCUCCCAUCAACCCCCCUCUGCAGCCCCCCAGCUUCAGCCCCUUCCUGCAGAGCGACUACAGCGUGGCACUGCGCUGCAUCCGCACACUGGUGGCAGCCAGCAGCUUCACCAAACCCACGGUGCUGACGGCCGCCUCCACCCUCACCUUCAUACCCGAGGAGCUGGCAGUUUUCUGCCGGGAUUUCCGUCUGCUGCGCUUCCACUUCCCAGAGAACGGGCUGGGGCUGCAGGCGUUCCGGGUGAGGGGAUGGACGGCGUUCGGGGCGGGGGCUCAUGUAUGGUGUCGGCCCCGGGCUCCACGCUGCAGGUGGCCAAGGCCAUCGCACGAGUGUGGGGAUUGGGAUGUGGGAUCGGAAUGGGGCUGGGAUGCAGCCUGGUUAGGUUUGGGAUGGGGCUGGGAUGGGAUUGGGAUUGGGAUGCAGCUGUGUGGGGGCUGGAAUAAGGGCAGGGAUGCUGUCGGCUUGGGUCAUGUUGUAGAGAGAUUGGGGUCGGGAUGCAGCUGGGAUGCACUGGGUUGGAGCCUGGAUGGACUGGGAUGGGAUCAGGAUGGUUGUGGGGUAUGAUCAGGACACAGGUGGGUGGGGACAGGGACAUGGCUGGGAUGGGGCAGGGUGCAUCGGCUCGGGCUGGAUAAAGGCAGUGAUGCAGCUGGGAUAGUGUCAGGCUGCAGCCAACUGGGGUCAGGAUGUGUGCAGCUUGGGGGUCAGGAUGCAACUGGGAUGGGAUUGGGACAGGCUGGGAUGCAGCUGAAAUAGGAGCAGGAUGUGGCUGGGAUGGGAGCGGGAUGCAGCUGGGUUGGGGAUGGAAUAAGGGCAGGGAUGCUGCCAGUUUGGGGUCAGAGUGUGGGCAGACUGGGAUCAGGAUGCAGCUGGGACGCACUGGGAUUUGGCCUGGAUGGGACUGGGAUCGGACCAGGAUGGGUUCAGGAUGGGUCUGGGAUAGGACCAGGUUGGGAUCGGGAUAAGAGUGAGUGGGGACUGGGAUGCAGACGGGAUGGGGCUGGAUGGAAAUGGGAUGGGGCUGGAUGGGAC